AUGGUGCUCGCGUCGGUCGUCGAGGCGACGCUCGGACGCGUCGCCGCGCUCGGACGCACGGCCUCGAGCGCGUCGACGUCCGCGAGCGGCGUCGCGGACGCCGGCGCGGCGACGCUGCGGCGACUCGGCGCGGCGAAGACGCGCGGGACGUCGUCGCUCGAUGACUUGAACGAACACGCGAAAAUCAUCACCGACGGCGUCGAUUUCCGGCCGGUGACGGACACGUCGUGCUUCGUCGACGCGUAUCGCUCGAGCGACGCGGCGACGGCGGUGAUGUUCGUCUUCAUCAGCGGGUGCGUGCUCGGGGCGGUGCCGCAGUACCUGAAGGUGGUGGUGUUGGGGACUUCGGAGGGGCUGUCGCUGAGCUCGUUGGCGCUGAUGAACGUGUCGAACGUGUGCGCGACGAUGAAUGUGUUCAUUCUGCAUUACGAGCAGAUCCGACGGUGCGUCGCGGGAGCGGCGGGGUACGAGUACGAGCGGUGUCAGGCGUCGCUGUUGACGCUGUAUUACACGUUGAUUUACACGUUGCUGUGGAUACCGCUCUACCCGCUCGCGGCGCACUUCACGAGCGAUCGCAAGACGGAAUACUUUGGGUACGUCAUGUCUAAGCGUAAGGCGGCGUGGUACGGGUUAGCGUUGUGGGCGGUGCCGUGCGCGUUGCUCGCGGCGCCCGUCGCGAGGAUGUUGUUCGGAUCGACGUGUUUUGAGUUUGAACGUUAUGCGAUUUUCUUAGGGUUGACGAACGCAGUUUUAGAAACCACGCGAUACGUGCCGCAGUUGUGGGAGUCCGUACACUCCAAAGGUUCGGGGGCGAUGAGUUACAUGCGAUUAGCGCUGUCCGUCGCGGGCGGGCUCGGGGCGACGAUUCAAAAGGCGGUGAUGCACGAGUCUUGGUCCACGUGGGGGCCUCCGCUCAUCGGGCACGGAUUGGAGAUGGCUAUCUUCUGCGUGAACCUAUUCAACGACAUGACGCGCCGUCGCGAGCGCACGGACAUGAGGAAAGAGGCUUUAGGAUUAAUGCGCGAUUCGGACGACGACUACGAAGACAGCCGCGACGACAUGGAGACGGACGCCCACGCGAAGCGCAAGGCUGCGAUGUUAGAGUCAGCCGAAUCCGCCGCGCGCACGGGAUCGCCCACGAAAUCCGAAUCAGACGUGGAGGAUUGGGUGCAAAAUAUCCCCACCGAGGGCGGUUUCAAGGCGAAGACGUCCUUCGUGUGGCAUCGCGCGUGCACGGACAAGCACUUCUUCACGUCGUUGGUGCGAUACCUCUAGAUUUCCCUCGUUCGGCGCGCGCGCGUCGAGUGCUCAACCAUUUAGUCAUCGUCAAUAUCAGUAGAUUCUCUAGCGACUC